CCGACGUACCACAAAACACGCCAUGCAAAUAGCAAUAACUAUAAUUCCCAUCUUCUCAUUUCCAUCUCACAUUCACCAAAUCAAAUGGCCAUUGCCCGAAUUAGGAGUCGCCUCACAUCGGCACCUGCACAACCUCCAUCUCCAAUGCCCAACCCGCGCAUCUCCAAUCCCUCAUUCAACAAUAUUCACGUUGACAAGUUGAAGAACAUCCCCGAAUUCGAUGUGCCUGACGACAUGACCCGACCGCAGAUUGCAGAAGUUGAUUACCGUUUGAUUAAAUCCAAGGACAAGAAGGCGAUCCAGCAUAUGCUGGAUUCCGCGGUUAAGUAUGGGGUGUUUAGGAUUGUUGGACAUGGGAUAUCGCCCGAGGAGCUACAGGUGGCGUUUACCGAGGCCGAGUUUUGUUUUGGAUUGUUGGCGGAGAGGUGGAGCCGAGAUGGUGAUAGGGAGGAGCUGGCGUGGUCGCGAUCCGCUAUGGCCGCCGCUGAAAGGAGACGGGAGGUUAAGAGUAAUGAGCAGUAUCUGAUGUUCAGACAAAAAAUGGAUAGCCUUGCGAAUAAGCUCGAAGUGAUCGCUAAAGAUGUGACCAAGAUUAUAGGAAGCAAUGGAGGUAAGCAACCUCGAAAGAAAAUAAAGGAAAACGAAACAAGAAUGACCAUAUUCAAGCAUAGUAACUCGUCUCUUCAACCUCACACCCCACGAUCAUCUCAAACUCCGCGUGCUUUGGACGGGUCUAAACGGGAUUCAGCCGCAUUUGCUGUCGGCCUUCAUAUCCCAACUGAAUUUGGUGAAUUUCGUCUCUUAUCUGACGAAGGACCAUUCACAUUCCGCACCAACCCUAAUUCCAUUGUCUUCACCAUUGGAGAACAAAUUGAGGAAUGGAGCUAUGGAGAGUUCAGAUCGGCAUUUGGGGAGAUAAACAUAGAGCCAGAUAUCAAAGAAGACGACGACAAAGGAGCAUACUCUGUUGAACUAAAGUGCUCACCUUCAAAUCUAAAUGAUGCAGUUGACAAACAUGAGGGUAUCUCGAUAUACGAUCAGAUCAUCUUCAUAGUCAUAGUUGUCAUAGUUUACAAUCUCUUCUCCUAUCUACUUUCUUCUUGAUUUCCAUGCUAAGUUUUUUUUUUUUCGGGUGUGGGUCAGCUUUUGCGUACAACUUGUUCAACCCUCACCUUAUGGUAUCUACUUUUUAUGUCUUAAAACCAAACAAGCUAGGAUACUUGCAUGAACACAAGUGUAAUAGAUUGUUUCUUGAAGUCUUUCAUGUAAUUUGGAUUUAUAUUUGUUUUUUGUUAGAUGUUGGUUCACCAUGUAAUAACAAAUGUCAGUGAGUAUAUUGUUUCUACU